UAUACUGCACUGUGCUGCUCUUGGUUUCAUAGAGCCCUGUUGGUCCAACUCCGGACAAUUUGAUGAUAGCGGUUUUGGUGGGAGCCUGUUGCGUGUGGCAUGGGCACUGGGGAUUAUAUCUGUGUUACGGUGCACGGAGGCGCUCCCUGGGGCUUCAGUCUCCGGGAGGGAGAGGGGGAUGCCUACCGACGUUUGCAGGUUUAUCAGGUGGAAGAGGGCGGUCAUGCGUCCCUGGCCGGGAUCUGCGAGGGGGACGAGGUGGUGUCGCUGAAUGGAGAACCCUGCGGGGAGCUUUCCCUCCCAAAAGCAAAUGCUCUCAUUGACGCCUCCGUCGACUGCCUGCAACUACUGGUCAAAAGAUGGCACACACUAUCCCCUGAGGAUUUUCAUUCAGAGACCUACUUUGGCACAAGGGAGUCCUCUGGUGAGGCUUUGGAAAGCACCACCCUCCACAUCCUGUCCCCUGGCAGGUCCCAACCCCCCAGGGAGCUCUACAUCGCUGAUUCCCAGGACGAGGCCUACUAUGGGGAGAUGGAGAGUGACACGGAGGCCCCCGGAGGGAUCCAUCUGGUCCGCACCCAGCUCUGCGUACCUGCGCCUGAGGAGUGCCAGUUCCCUAGAGGAGGAGGGGACAAAGGUCGAGAGGGACCCCAGGGGGGGAGUUUCUCCCCUGGGGCAAUGGUGGAGCUACAGUUGUCCCUCGCCGAACACACCCUGGAGGAUCCCGUCUGCACCUCCCUGGGGAGUGCUCUUGGAAUAGAGGGGGAGAUUCAGGCGAGAGAGGCCCUCAAGAACGAGGCCCUCCUUCACACCACCACCCACUCGAUCUACGUCCCUGGCCCAGCUCGGGAGCCCCUGAGUCAGCAUGGAGUGGUGCUGAGCUCCCCCUCUCUGCUGGGCCAGGUGGAGGUCACCCUGCAGCACCCAGCAGCCGGGAGGGGCUCUCCUCGCCUGGUAGAGGGGGUAGUCAUCUAUGGGGCUAGUGGAUGUGUUGGUGAAGCCCCUGGGGAGGAAGAAGGAGGGAAAAGCCAGGGAGCUCCCGCCUCCUUCACCGUCUCCUUUGGAAUUCCCACAGAGGGGGCAGAACCAGCAGCGGAGCGAGACUCAGAUUCAGAGAAGGACCUUGAGAAACCUAACAAGCACCGGGCCAAGCACGCCAGGCUCAGGCGCAGUGAGAGCCUGUCAGACAAGCAGGUGAAGGAGGCCAAGUCUAAAUGUAAGCGCAUUGCUAUCCUUCUGAACGCUGAAGCUCCCAACCCCAACAACAAGGGGGUGUUGAUGUUCAAGAGGCAUCGACAGAGGGCCAAGAAGUACACACUCGUCAGCUACGGCACCGGUGAGAGUGAACCAGAGUACGAGGUCGACGACAGCGACGAGGAAGACGCAAGAGCGAUCAAAUUCACCCUCGUAGCCACCACCAGUGGAUCAGAGCUUGAGGAGGACUUUAUCACUAAUGCCCAGGGCGGUGGUGGCAGAGUGCUUACCUUCGACUGGGACACAGGACUACUCGAGAUCGAGCGCAAGCUCAACUCCGGAGAGGAGAUGGAGCAACUGCCCAACACCACGGGAAAGGGGGCCACAAUGUUCGCCCAGCGCCGCCAGCGCAUGGAUGAGAUCGUCGGCGAACAUGAGGAGAUGAGGCGCCAGGGGAUUCCCGUGGAGGGGGUGCAGGAGGUGGAGAAACAUGCAGCCUACCAGCAGAUGGAGGAGCGCUCGUACAUGCAGGCCACCACAGAGAGGCAGGCCUACAUGGACUUUAGCGUGCACCAGAAGCAGCAGCAACAGUAUCAAAAGUACCAAGAGCAGCAGUACUAUGAGCAGCAGCAGCAGCAGCAACAACAACAGUACGAGCAGCAGCAAUACCAGCAGCAACAACAACAGUACGAGCAGCAGCAGUACCAGCAGCAACAACAAUAUCAUCAACAGCAGCACCACCAGCAGCAAGAAUACCAACAGCAGCAUAUUCAGCAGUACUCGUCUAACAUGAAUGGCAUGGCCAACCAUCAAACCAAUGAAAUGCAGAGUUCCAUGAGCAAUCAAACUGCCCAACCCUUCUCAUUACAAAACCAGAUGCCCGCCCUGUUUUCUCCCCCGGUUAGUGGGAGCAACCAAGAGAUGAUGGGUCAGGGAGAGCAGAUUGCCUCACGCGACGAGCGCAUUUCGACGCCAGCAAUCAAGUCUGGGAUCUUGCAGGACACAAGGAACAGGUUCAAGGGCAAGCCAAUGUUCAAUUUCAAACAAGCACCCAAAGUGUCACCCAACCCCGAGCUUCUGAAUCUCCUCAACAGGAGUGACAAGAAGUUGGAUUCCGAGUCAUGCACGGAAGAGGACUACCUUAGCUUGGGAGCUGAGGCUUGCAACUUCCUCCAGUCACCAAGGGUUAAGCAUAAGACGCCUCCACCAGUCGCUCCCAAGCCCAUCAUUAACCCCAACUCUCCACCCUGGUCCCCUCAGCCUGAGCUGGCCAACCAGGAGUUGCCACUGCAUGCUGAAAAUAGCGUCCCUGCACCUGCUGCAGCCCUUGAGACCGAGUCCGCCCCAGAACUGGCCCCAGAGCCCUCCCCUCCUCUUGCCCCCAGGAAGCUCCUGUUCCUGCCAAGCCCCCCUCUCCAGCCAAACACACAUGGAGUCCCCCAGGGUCCCAGGCACAGCAGCAGCAGCCCCAGCAAGCGCCAGCCUGGGGAGGAAAUGGUCCCUCACCAACUCAGCCUCAUUCGCAACCCGAGCCAAGUGAGUUCCUGGGCUCCGUCACUAACACAGUCAUCACAGCAGCCACUUGUGAGUACUUGGCCACCUGCUGAAAUGAAACACCAGGCUCCAGCUCCAAGUAAGUCCCCACCACAGCUCCCUUGGGUGACUCCCCAACCACAUCCUCCUCAGCCUCAGCCACCCAUGAAUUCUUGGGCUAUAGCGCCUGCCCAGUCACAACUCCAAUGGGUUCAACCUCAAGAACAGCAACAGCCCCAGGCACCUUGGGCUCAACCUCAAGAACAAGCACAGCAACAGCCCCAGGCACCUUGGGCUAAACAACCUCAGGCUCAGUCUCCAGAACAGGCUUGGCCCCAGGCCCAGUCUCAGCCACCUUGGAUGUCAUCACCUCAGCCUCCAAUGAAUGCAUGGACACCACCACAGAGCAAUACCCAGCCACAACAACCACCUUGGGCCCAACAAGAUCAACCCCAACAUCCAGCUCAACCUCAACCCCCUAUGAAUGCAUGGGCCCCAGCACCUCCUCAGGCUCAGGUCCAGCCUCCAUGGGCCCAGCUAUCUCAAGAGCAAGAACAGCCACCCAUGAAUGCCUGGGCCCCAGAUCAGAAUCAGGCCCGGCCACAGCCACCUUGGGUCCAACCACCUUCAACCCAAUCCCCACCCCAGCAAAACUGGCAACAACCACCUCCACAGCAGGCACCCUUACAGCCACCUAUGAAUGCAUGGGUCCCAGCUCAGGCACAGCCUCAGACACACACAAGUACCUGGGCCCCACAACCACAGCAAGCCCCAGUGAAUACUCAGACCCGGAUGCACAGAGUGUGUCAGCCUUCUCCGAAACCUUGGAAUGCUCCACAAAGUGCUCCCUGUUCUACUCCUCCACCUCCCCCACAGCAAAUUAACUCUUACACACUUGGCGAAAGGCCCUCGUCACCCGUCAUCAAUCCAAUGGCCAGCGUUUUGGCACCAGUAGGAGGAAUGGGCUCGGCUUUGUCGAUGCCAGCGGUUAGGGGGAAAGGAGCCGAUUUGUUCGCCAAGAGGCAGUCUCGUAUGGAGAAGUAUGUCGUGGAUUCGGACACUGUGCUGGCAGCCACUGCACAGGCAGCUCAGCAAGCCCAGGCAGCCACUGCGCAGGCAAAUAAGGCAAGGCCCACGUCGCCCUCUCCCUCCGUACCUCAUCCGUGGAAAUAUUCACCCAAUUGCAGAGCUCCCCCUACAUCGAAUUACAACCCCAUACAGUCCCCUUCCUACCCACCAGGGGCCAUUAAGCAACCCCCUCCAUCUAGCCCUGCGGUCAAAGCCAAGAAAGGGAAAGGCAAACCUGCCUGCAAACCCCUUGCCGUUAUAGAUGUCAUGAAACAUCAGCCUUAUCAGCUCAAUGCCUCCCUCUUUACUUAUGGCCCAGCAGUGGAGGCUGCCGAGGCUGCCAAGGCCGCCGCACCAAAGCCUGCCCCAGUCCCUCCAAACCAAAACCAACCAAUAAGAUAUGAGCAAGCUGCCCCUGUCCAGCCGGCUGGACAAAUUAAUGCUCCCUAUUCACAGCAGCCCCAGCAGCUCUACGGGAUUACCCCUCAACCACCCAUGCAUGAUAGUCCAUACCACCCAGCCUCACCUAAUGCUUACCAGCCAUCUAACAAUCCCUACCAGCAGGUUCCUGCUGGCCCUUACCAACAUCCAUAUAAUCCCCCUUACAAACAAGCCCCUCCAGCCCCUUAUCAACCCCAGCAGCAAGCUCAAAACCCUUCUUACCAACAGACCCCCCAAGGUCCUUAUCAGCCAGCCCAUAGCCCCCCCUAUCAAGCAGCACCCCAAACCCCAUACCAGCCACUACCUCCCAGUACCUACGUGGUGCCCAGCUUUCCCAUAGCGGCAAAGUCUGAGUCCAUCUCUGGGGGCAGCACCGCUCCAAAGCCCAGGUUCAUGGCUAAAAAGAGUUCAGCCCAGGUGUGGAAGCCAGCAGCUGUGGAGAAAGAGUGAUUCUGAUAGCAUAAUUAAGUGACCUUUGCUUAAAAGAACAGUAGAUCUAGUUACAACAUAUACAUGCACAGUACAUUCAUAUAAAUGCUAUAUAUUCAUAGAAAGCUUUUAAGAUGCCUUUUCAACAUUUUAUAGCCAACAUAUUUUUUUAAAUAAAUGCUAGAAUUAAAAAAAGGCCCGAUGCAGCUGUUUUAAUCUCAAUAUCAAAUAAUUUCUGUGUAAGAAUUAAGUACCUUACCGUUUUAUUUUUUUAUUACAAUGGUUAAAAACAAACAAAUUCCGUCUUAGCAAAGAGCAAUUUCUCAAGCAAGAAUUUUGCUAGGACUGUCUGGGAGUGGUCUAAGUGAGGGGCCUAAUUGAACGAGCCUAAUGGGAGGGUUACAUAACCUGAAAACUACCAUCCCACCAAAAUUUCAGGCUCUUACACUAAAAUGGCAUUAUCAUAAUUUUCACAAUUCCCCAGUAUUUUUCCAACCUCAUACUGUGGAAAAAUAUAUAUAAAAUAUAUAUAAAACACAGGAUAUUCACAUUUUUGACUGCACUGGGCCUUUAAUAUAUAAAGUUUGGAUGUAUUUUUCCACCUGCUAUGCAUUCACUCUUUACAUGUAUACAACUAUAUAAUAUCUUCGUUUUUCAAGCAAAGCUUUUCAAUGUUGGUUUCUUUGCAAUAUUGCAAUGCACAAUACAUGAUGAUAAUACAAUACAUAUGAUAUUGGUAUAUCUCUUAUCUAAGCCCAAAAAUGAUAAAAUGUAGUUUUUCAGGAAAUCCACAAAAUGCAUUCAAUAGACUUAUGAUGUGAAUCAGUGGAGCCUGUGAGCAGGCAUUGCCAGAAUGUGAACGAGGAUAAUAGCCAGCAAGAAUUCAGAGGAACAGGUGAAUGUAUAUUGCUGAGAAAGUUACAAUUGGAAAUGAGAGAAGCUUGAAAGGGAAUUUAAGAAAAGGUUGGAGUACUAAGGCGGUGUGUGAGCCAGUGACAAGUUUGAUAAGAUCUUCUGCAAUAUCAACAGUGUAUUUGUUAGCUGUUAAGAUGUGCAAUAAUUUGUCAAAAUUGACCUUGAAUGAUCUGAGAAGAAAAUUAUUAGUAGCGACUAAGAGGUUUAAGACACCGAGAGCUUGGUACGAUAAGGCUCUAUCUGCUAAAAGACCAUUCUGAGAUAAUUGGCUGUACAGUUUCAAACCCUCAUUGGUUUGAAUGGUGUCAGCAAUUUUUAAAAUCUUAUUCUAUUAAGUGUAACAACAUGAAUUGGGGGUAUUUAGAGUACCUUAUAGGUAGAGAACAUUGAACAGAACAAGACUACGUCCAUGACAACAUUUGGACAACAAUGUCGAUAGAACCUUAUCGUCCCAAGCUCUCGACAUGGUUAGGGAGACCAGGAGUGGUCAGUGGAAACAUAUUUAGGGUCAGGUUUGAGAGCCGCCUGGCUUCAUUUGACAUGUGUUUUGUAAGUACAGUGACGUUACUUAGAUUUGGUGGAUAUAAUGUUCAUAUGCAAUAGUGAAUAGGAAACAUGGCUACUUCAUUUACCAAACAUUCAUAAAUUGCAUUGCAAAAAGGGAAUGUUUUGUAUUUUAUAAAUUGAAGUAUACAUAAGUCUAGUAUUUUUUUUGUUAGGGUCCCGUCUCCUGGAGGUGGAAGGUACUUGCACAAGUUUAAGAUGUAGAUCUGGUACAAUUUCAUUCAGUGUCUCCCAAAAGACCCUGCUUGAAUUGUUUUAGAUUAAUUUUUACCAGUUAUUGCAUCAUGUUAGGUCGCUGAAUGUAAACUUUUCCAUGUCACAGAUUAUGUGUGUGCGUGAGUGAAAGCUGUCGGUUUGGGAGGAUUAGUGGGCAUGUAUUAUUUCACCAACAUGAAUGGCAGUCGCUCACUAGACCUCCAGCUAUUCUGUCUUUUCUCACACUUCUAAUUUUAGCUUUGCAUAUUUUUUCCCUAUGUUUCUAUACACUUGCUUUGGUUUAACAUAAUGGCCAAAGAAAACGUUAUAAAAAUGGAUAUUGAAAUAAGCAGUAACAGAAAAAAGGGGAGUUUGGAUGAACCACCCUGUCAUUUAAUGGUAUACAUUUGUUAGAGAGUUGCUUUCUCUUGUUCUGUCGAUUCUUUUUCAUUUUCUUUUGUUUCUUUUUCAUAGUGCACUUUCUGUACGAUUCAUGUCAGUGCCAUUAAAAUGCCCUUUAUCCUUACGUUUGCGUUUCCUUGGUUGGUCUCUUCUGCAUGCAUUUUCACAUCCCAUUCUGCCCACUCUUUACUUUCCCUCUACACCUUCUUUAUACUUGGCACAACUCUGUUCCCACCUUACCACUGCGCCAUAUUUUCUGUAGAAAAAUGACAAAAACACCCACAUUCAUUAUUUUGCUACUUCCUAACUCAAAUAGGAAAACCCAGGGAUUUUUGGGUUGGAUUUUUUUAAACAGUAGCACAUCUUAAACUAUUUUCAGUCAUAGCAAAAUACAAAUAGUAUGUUCAAUAAAUCACAGGCUGAAGGAAGUUUGAGAACAUAGUGUGAACUAGAAUAGAGGAGAAACAAAGUUGCAGGUACUCCAUGACACCUUCUAAACAACUGACAUGUUUAUUGGCAUACCCAACAUGCUUUUGUGCUGAGAGUGGAGGUAGCUAGCUACCACUGUUAGCACCAUCUGUGGUUAAGUAUCGUAAAUUCAAAAUGGUGGAGAGCCAACCACUGUCCAAUAAUAGCUCACUGCUCACAGUCUAUAAAAGCCUUGUUACAAGCCAGCUGCCACUGCUUAGAAAUAUGAUGAGUCCCUCACUCGAACUCCAGACUUCUCGAGAAUUGAGAAAAGUGCUCAAAAAGCACUCUCCCAUCCCUGAACACAUGGUGACAGAAGGGUAUUUCCAGCUUGGACAACCUCAUUGGAUAAGACUGGAGAAUGAGCAAGCUCUGACCUACAGUGUAAAUGUUUACCCGUCCGGUCUUGCAUCACCACGUGGUGUUGGGAGCCAUGUUAGAGAGGUUGUCAAGGGGAUGUUGUCUUUUGAGUGGGAGUUUAAUAUCAAUCCGGUGCCCACCGCAGGCACAGGCUAUGUCGGGAGGGAAUUUGAUCAUCCUCACUUCCUGUUCUGGCCUUUUGGCUACACCGGUUUCUUAAAUCUCACAUACUGUCGAUUUAUGUAUUGUUUAUGCAUUCUAAGCGAGUAAUUAUUUAGGUGUUCUUCUUGGUUGUACAUUUGAACAACUGUAAAGAGCUCUGUAUGUGUUGUGGGAGAGGCUUUCAGUCGCAAAUAAAGACUAAACUGUGGCA